UUACCUUUUCAUUUCAAAUCUCGACUCGUUUCACGUGCGCGCCUUCAUCCCCGUCGGAUGUGCGAAUAUUCUGUGAGAUUAUUUGUUGCUAAAAUUGCGUCGUAAAUGGUGUCCAAACCGAAGCCGGGCCAGUGCAAGCUGCACCAUGCCCAGUUCUACAACCUGCUGCCCCGGGGCAUCAACUGCCUGGCGGUAAACAAGCCGAGCAGCCGGCUCGCACUCUCGAGAGACGACGGCACCAUCGAAAUCUGGAACCUGGCCGGGGCCGCUCCCUUCCUGGAAAAGUCCAACCCCGGUGGCGAGAAGGUGUCCAUUGAGGGGCUUGCUUGGGUUGGGGAUCGGUUGUUUUCGGUGGGGUUGGCCGGCAAACUGAUCGAGUGGGAUUUGGCGCACGGGUUGAGCGUGCGGAAUACGGUCCUCCUGACGGGGAAUGCCGCGUGGUGCUUGGACGUUAGCCGGGACGAGCGCCGGUUGGCCGUUGGGACGGAGGGGGGCUACAUUAACGUUUAUAGCGUGGAGGGGGAGGAGGUUGCGUACGAGCGGAUUCUGGACAAGCAGGAAGGUCGGGUGGUUUGCUUGCGGUUCGAUCAUAGCGGGGACUUUUUGGUGUCCGGAUCGGUGGAUGCGGUUCGCGUGUGGAACGUGAGGAAGGGUCACGCGAUUCACAAGAUGACGACGGGUCGUGCGGAGCGGAACAAGGAGACGGUCGUUUGGGACGUGCAGGUGCUGAAGGACUUUACGAUCGUUUCGGGGGAUUCGCGGGGGAAGAUCAUGUUCUUCGAUGGGAAUCUUGGCACGGUGAUCGAUACGAUUCAGGUAUCGAAGGCGGACAUUCUCGGUUUGACGAUUGACGAGCAGGAAAAGUUCUUGUACGUGAGUGGAGUGGAGCCGAUCAUCCGGAUCUACCAACGGGUCGAGGUUACGAAGGGAAACGAAAAGGUGGACAGCUUCGUGCGAACGAUGCAACGUCGCUAUCAUACCCACGACAUCAAGACGCUGACCAUGUUCCAUGGGAAGCUGCUUUCCGGUGGCGUGGACGGAACGCUGAUCAUCAGUUCGUUCCCUCCGAUGGUCGUGGACAAAUAUCUGCCGUUUUUGGAAGCUCCAAGCACGGUUUUGGUUGAGGGAGCUCGCAUGGUCCUGCUCAAGUACGUCAACUACCUGGAGGUGUGGACGCUCAGCUCGGCGACCGCCGUCGAAACGCGCAAGGUUCUGCAGAUUCGCAGCAAACAGGACGAGCACAUCGUCGCGGCCGGAAUGUCACCCGACGGUCGGUGGGUCAUUUACUCGAGCGAAAGCACCGCUCGGUUGUACCGGUUCGACUACCAAGCCGAUGGUGACAACUCGAAGCUGGUGCCGAUGCGGGCCGUCCCGGAGCAGUUUGAGUCGUGCCAGCGGGUUGAGUUCACGCCCGACUCGAGAGGGGUGUUCCUGUUCAAGAGCGGCGGAGUGAUCGAGUACUUUGCGUUCAACGAGGAGGACGACUUUGACCACAAGCAGACGAUCGAAGCGGGGAAGUGGUUCACGGACAAGGUCCACCUGGUGACCAUCAGCCGGGACGGCAACUUCCUCGCCUGCGCCAGCCUGUGCUGCGCCGUGGUCGUGUUCAAGCGCGAAAAGUUCGGCGGCAAAUGGAAGCGCCUGAGCACGCUGCCCCGGUACAAAUUCCCCCCGACGGCGAUCGCCAUGCAGCCCAACUCGCCGGUGCUGGCCGCGGUCUUUCCCGACCACAAAAUCUUCCAGUACGACUUUGGCGAGUACCGGUUCACGUUCUCCUCCUACCUGAAGCUGGACAAGCUGGGCGGAUCGAUCGGGCAGCCGGUGCGGGGGAUCGUGUUUGAUCCGCGCAACGACGACGUCAUGAUUCUGCAGCACGAUUCGGACCUGCUGGUGUUGCAGUUCGAGGAAGAUGAUGACACCGGGGGGCAGACGGAGCGCAAGCGAAGGACAUCCGGGGGAAAGGCGGAUGAGGAGGACGCUGUUCCGCGGAAAAAGUACAGCAUGCAGGUGCUGAAGAAGUACACCCGGCUGGUGGACACGCGCUGGCUCGGACAGGACGAGCUGCUGGUCGUGGAGGCGAACCCGCUCUCGAUGGUGGAGCACUUGCCGCCGGCCUUCCGGCGGAAGAUUUUCGGAACGGCGUAAAAUAAAACAGAGUGUUGCUUUAUUCAGAA